AGUUGUCGAGCCAUCCGUAAAAUUAUUGUAUUAUGUAAUUUUAUUUUAUUUUUAUAUGAAUAGUAAUAAUUCAUAUUGUUAUAUUGGUGAUAAUAUCUAACAGAAAGACAGGAUUUCGAUUCCUUCAACAUUAAUACAAUUUAAAAAUAUUUUGAGUUAUAAUUAUAUUAUUAAAAAUGAUGCGAUACGAUGAAGGCGUUCUUAAGGACAGUAGACCCUGUGCUGGUGUCAGAGCCGAUUUAAAAAUGUGUCUUUUGGUAACCGAUUGCUGUAAAAUUGAAAAAAAAACUCCCAAACAGUGUUUAUUAGAAAAAAAAUGUCCUCCAGAAUGUUUGGCUUUACAAAAUACUUUUUUUGAAUGCAAGAGAUCUAUUUUGGAUAACAGGCAAAGAUUUCGUGGACGGAAGGGCUACUAACAUUAUGGAUAUGCUAUUAUGUAUAUAUAUUUUAGUUUGUCAAUUAUAUUAAGCUAACACUUACUCAGUAUGUUAUUUUGCAAUACAUUUUAUUUAUACUGAUUACAGUGUUUUUUUGUGUAAAUAGUUUUAGAUUGUUUAUUAUAAAGUAUAAAAAUAAUAAAUCAAUGGAGAACAAAAAUAUAAUGU